AUGGACGUACACCUGGUGCCCGUCGGUGGACGGAGGAACUAUACAGGUUUCGUGACGAAGACGAUUGUAUACGCGGCUACGUUGUUUUUGUUUUUGACAUCAUUCGCCUUGACGCUGGCGUCAAUAAUCCUGCCACGAUGGAUCAGUUCUCUGAAAGGAACGUCCGCCGGUGUCUCCUACGGCCUCCACUACCGUUGCUUCUCCAAAACCACACCCAUCGCGACGACAACCUGCGUGCGCUUCCCUCAGUUCGACGACUGCACCGGUGACGACCGCCAAUUUUGCUCCAUGUGGCGCACCAUCGGGUUCCUCAUGUCGUUCGCCGUCGUGCUCGAGGGCAUGACGUUGAUGACGUACAUUGUCAUCCUGACCGGGGGCAAGCAGAUGCGCGAGUCUGGAUGGCGUGUCCUCUCGCUGUUUCUUGUACUGGUCGCCCUGGUUCAGUGUGCUAGUAUGGCGCUGGUGUCGUACCUCAACGACAACGACGACCACUUCUAUCUCAGCUUCCGCCUCGAUGACUCCUUCAUCAUGUGCACCGUCAGCUGGUGUCUGGCACUCUUCACGGCCGCGACGGUCGUUUUCGCCGCCCGCGUCUUACCCUCAGAAGGCGGUUAUGAGCUGAUAGCUGACCCUAACGACUGA